CUGCUUCUGAAGUCUUCAAAAUGGCUGCCAUCAGUGUUUUGAUUGCAUAAUGAGAAUUUAGCAUCAAUCAUUACAUUCAACUGUUUGUUCAUUGCUAAAUAUAAGGUAAAUAUUGAGGCUGAAUGAAUUUUGUCAUUAAGUUUCGUUAUUUCUCACGUCUUGAAUCGUAUCGAAGAUUAAUACGAGUAGAUGCAAGACUUUGUCGAAGAUACAGUGUUGAAAAAAACAUGAAUGAUAGAGCAUUAAUUGCUGUAUGUCAAUUGACAUGCAAGUCAAAUAAAGAAGAAAAUUUUGAAAUAUGUAAAUCUUUAAUUGAAAAAGCAAAGAAAAGAGGAGCUGAGAUGGUUUUUCUCCCUGAAUGCUUUGAUUUAGUAGGAGAAAGUAAAGAUCAGUCAAUAAAAUUAUCAGAACCAUUAAAUGGACCAAUUAUAACCAAAUAUAAAGAACUGGCAAAAAAUAAUUCCAUUUGGUUGUCACUUGGUGGUUUUCAUGAAACGGGGCCACAGACUGAUCAAAAGCGUGUUCAGAAUGCUCAUGUUAUAUUAGAUAGUUCUGGAAAUAUUGUAGAAGUAUAUCGUAAAAUUCACAUGUUUGAUGUUGAUUUACCAGGAAGAAUGCGCUUGUGUGAAUCCGAUUAUACUGUUCCAGGAUCAAGAAUAGUAAAACCUGUUUCAUCUCCAGUAGGAAAGAUAGGGAUGGGAAUUUGUUAUGAUUUAAGAUUUCCUGAAUUUUCACUAGCUUUGGCAAAAUCUGGAGCAGAAAUUUUGACUUAUCCAUCAGCAUUUACUCAAACGACUGGUAUGGCACAUUGGGAACCUUUACUUCGAGCAAGAGCUAUUGAAUCACAAUGUUAUGUAAUUGCCGCUGCUCAAACAGGUCGUCAUAAUCCAAAACGAGUUUCUUAUGGUCAUGCUAUGGUUAUUGAUCCUUGGGGUUGUUGCAUAGCAUGUUGCAAAGAAGGAACUGAUGUCAUUACUGCUGAAAUUGAUUUAGGAUAUUUGAGAAACAUUCGACAAGAAAUGCCUGUUUGGAUGCAUAGAAGACCUGAUAUUUAUGGUGUAUUACGAACAAUUGAGGACAAAGAUGAUAAAUUUCAUGAACAAUCAGUUUACAAAUUUGGUCAAAUUGAAUUGCUUCCAAGUCAAUUAUUUUAUAAAACAGAUUUGUCAAUAGCUUUUGUGAAUAAAAAACCAGUUUUACCUGGACAUGUUUUAGUAGCAUCUCGGAGAUGUGUGGAACGAUUUGGUGAUCUUUCACCAUUGGAAGUAGCUGACCUUUUCUCCUGCGUGCAAAAAGUACAGAAAGUUGUAGAGAAAAAACACAACUCUAAUUCAUCAACCAUCACUAUUCAGGAUGGUUCAGAUGCUGGUCAGACAAUAAAGCAUGUUCAUAUACAUAUACUACCUCGACAUCCUGGAGAUUUUCAAAACAAUGAUGAAAUUUAUAUAAGAUUACAAGAACACGAUAAAGAAAAUAGUUUGUGGAGAAAUGAAGAAGAAAUGGCAUCAGAAGCACUUGAAUUUAGAAAAUAUUUUACUACAAGUUAGAUUUCAUUUAGUGCAAUGUAAUUUAUUUUCAAUUUAUUUUAAAUGCAAACAUUUUGCAUUUAUAAUUCAUUAAAAGGUAUUUUUUAUAUUAAAACCUUAUGUUAAAAGAUAAAAUAGUUCUAAUAUGUAUUAUCAAUUGAAUUGAUCAACAUUUUUUAAAGGCAUUUUGAAAAUGUUAGAUUUUUUGUUUUACAAUGACAAUUUAAAUACAUUUUGAUGUUGACAUAUAGUCAUAUACAUGUAAAUGAUGAAUUAAAAAUUAUAACUGAGCUUGAAAAUAUUUUUGCAAUAGAAAUUACCUUGACAAAUGUUUAUUGGGAUUUAAUAAAAAUUGUUUUUAAUAAUAAAAGUACCUUUUCAUAAAUAUCAUAAAUUCAUCAAAAAAAUAG